AUGAAUAAUUAAGAGUUGACAAUUUAAGAAAAAAUAAAGAUGGCAUAGUAAUAUAAAGAUGAAGGAAAUUAAUAUUUUAAAAAUUAAGAUUGGAAAAAAGCAUUAACUUGUUAUCAUAAAGUAUUUUUAUACAUAAAUGGUUUGAUAAGUUAAGAAAAUGAAUUGGCUUAAUAUGCUAAGGUAAAAUAAUAUAAUAUAAAUAUAGAAUCAAUUAACAACUUAAGAAGAGACUAAUAUUAUUCAAUAAUUAAAAUGCUAAACAUUUGGAAAUAUGGCUUAAGUCUAUAUUAAUUAAUAAAAGUAUGACAAAGGAAGAGAAGUUGCGAAGAAAAGUUUAGAGAUUAAUAAGAAUAUCAAAGUCCUGUAUAGAUUGGCUAUUUGCAACAUUGAAUUAAAUAAUUUGGAUGAAGCUAAGGAAUAGUUGAUUGAAGUGCAGAAAACUGAUAAUAAAAUAGACAUAAGAGAUUAGUUAAAAUAAAUCCAAGCCAAGGAAGCUAAAUAAGAUAAGGUGAUGGCUUAGGCAAUGAAAAAAUUAUUUGUUUGAUUUUAUAAAUAAUAGUAUAGAAACAAGCAAUCUUUUAAAUGUAGUUUAUAUUCAUUUAACUUUUCUAGAAGAAUUCGAGAUCCUAUAAUAAUAUGUAAAAUAAUAAUUAUAUCAAUAUCAAUAAUAAUAUUACAUCAUAUACAACUCCUUCUAAAGUUCGCAAAAGGUUUUAUUCGAUUUUAUAAAAUGUGCCAAAAAAUCUUGAUGACUUUUAAAACAUUUUGAUUUUUUGAAGCUUAAGACGGCUUAUUUCGAAUAUAACUAAACGACAAAUAUAUUCUUAGCUUAGAUUUUUUACAAAGUUCGAAUAAUGCAAUGAAUAUUAAAAAAAUGUUGAGCUUACUGUUUAGGAUUUUUUUGAAAAAUGUCAAGACUAUUUGGUGGGAUUAUCUUAAGUGAACAGUUAUUGCUACUAUAUCUAUGAUAACUAAAGGGGCAUUAAGUGGUUUUUAAUACAAUAGAAUAAGUAAUAAAAGAACCUUUCUAUUUAUUGACAGACAAUCAACUUUAUUUUUUUGAGUUUGAUCAGGAUGACCAUUCCCAUUUGUAAACUAAUUAAUAAUAAGUCAAUUAUAUUUCACUUGCUAGAGAAGAACAUUUUGAUCUAAUACUUGGUUAGAAUGGAUUAUUUCUUGCUGUAAAAUUUUAACACAAUAUUACUUAAAUAAUGGUUGGAAUGAUAUGGUGA